UGACUACGCUCGGUAAACUCUCGCUCCGUGAUCGUUCCAUUUUCACCGGACUGCAGACAUUUUAACGGACAACGAGAUAAGCCGAGGAGGCCCUUGGUCGAUCUCCCGGGAUAAUUAACGUUAUCCGGGAUCAGUUAUUAUCCCAUACGCACACAUACACCGGCGAGUUCGAGUGGCAAGAUGACAAGAUCGAAAUGAGUAAUUCGCUCAAUAUCGUGACAAUGGAGAGCCCGUGCCUCGAGUCUGAAAAUUGUCUGAAGGUAUCCUCGACGAUGCAGAACGUGGCACGACAGGAUUCGGGUGUACCGGAAGAUCUCGCAUCGCCUAUCAACGAUGAGGCUCAGCCACUCACCAGAGAGGAAGAUCUGGAUCUCACUAUGAACAGCGAAUGUAACAUCACGGUGAUCCAUAUCACCGAGUCACAGAAUGGAAAAACGACCGAGAAGUCACUGGCUGAGAAUAAGGACAGCAAGGAUGGUAGCGAUAGCGGAGUCGAGGGUUGCGCGACAGAAGUUCCAAGAGUACGCAGUAGGAAUAGUAUCGAUUAUGCGAGUAGUUGCGGUGGCUUGGACGAGGCUUCUUGCGAUUCUAGUCUUGUUAGUUGUUGCUCGGUAUAUGAGGAUCCAUGUGGAUCUACGCUGCCGGAUGACGUGCGAUUAGGUGCCACUGGAGGAGAAGGCACGAGCGAGGGCGGCAGCGAGAGCUCGUCCAUCGCUGGCAGCGUAUCUAUACGAACGAGUCGUAUGAACGUAAAGAGAACUACGGCCACUUCCAGCACGACUAAGAAAAAAGCUUCGAGCACUACUGAGACUUCGCAGAAGAGUGCUCGUGCGAAACCAACGGUUACAACAUCUGGUGUGAAUCUAAGUACGACACCACGAUCCAAAUCACGAACGGCGACUCCUAGAAAUAUCUUGACUAAGACGCAAAGCGUGAGCAGAGAGCGGGAACGAGACCGUCCACGAUCAAAAGAGAAAUUGACUGUCCGUGAAUCGCUCGUUGCGGAGAUCACCAAGACGCCUGUUAGUAGCCGCGGUACAGCGACGUAUAGUCGAUCCAAUAGCAAUGCUGCGUCUAAUCAAGCAUCGACUCCUAGUUCGUCCUCCGUCACGAGGACAAGGACGAGAGCGUUGCCUGACUCGCUACCGUCUGUGCUGACUACAGAGAUCAACAAGGAUCUCGCGCAACGUAGUGGACGGACUGUUAGAAAUGAUUCCUCGAGAUCUAGGGCGACUUCCAGUACGCGAGGAGUGCGCACACCAGUGUCUACGCCGUCCGAGGAGACAAGAAAAAAAAUACCAUCCUUGCCGAUUUCCCGUGUUCUCUGCGCCAAAAGUACCGCUUCCCAUGUAUCUGAUAAUAAAGCUACUGGUCAAGAUAAUAAGGCAUUGGACACGUACGCAACAUUGCCACGUAGAAAUAGAAAUAAGCUGACGAUCUCGAAAGCCGGAGAAAAAGCGGACAAGACGACUAGCAGUAGACCCGGCAGUCGCGACGCUAGUCUUAGUAGAUCCGUCGAAAAAAGAGCUAUCGGUGGGAAAGACUCGACCUGUAAAAGCUUACCACCGUAUCCUAGACAAAGAACUGUCGAAAAGACUCGUAUCUAUCAUGAGACCAGCGCGCAGACUGGCUUGACCGGACAAGAUAUCGAGAACGCAAUGUCUGGUCAACCGAGCGCCAUCGUCGGACCCGAAGUGAUUGAGAAAUUGCACAAGAGUUGUCAAACGGAAGACGCGUGGAGCGACGUGCAGGUCCUGCAAGAGAACUUGAGACGGUUGAAUGAGGAGAACAAUGAACGACAACAAGAAAACGAGAGAUUGAAACUUGAGUUAGCUGAAGCAAAUCGUCUUUUAGAAGAGGAACGAGCCGAUCAUGCAUUCGCGCGUCAAGAACUCGAUAGAAACGCACAGCGGGUAUUAGCUAUGCUAGGCACUCCGCAAUCAGAACACGCAGAAGGCAGUGACAGCUUCCUCGAGCUCGAAUGUCACAUACAAUCCUCGGGUCAAGUUGUGGCUAAUCAACAAGUCGAAAUAGCUGAUUUGCAAUCACUUUGUCGUAUGUUAAGCAGGGAUUUAGAAAAAAGUUUAGCAGCGCAAAAAGCUUUGCUGCAACAACAGCAAGAAUUAGAAGCCGAAUCAGCCGAAAUGCAAGAUUUUCUCCAAGAAGAGAAAGCUACUUUGGCGGAUGCGCUUAAGGAUGCCGAAUCAGAGCUCAAGAAGAAAGAAGAGACUUUAAUUCAACGACAAGCGGAAUUAGAAAGACAAACAGAGGAGUGUAAACACUUAGUACGAAUUAGCGAACAAAGAAGGCAGGAGAAUUUAUCAAUGAGUAUGAAAUUGAAUGCUGUUGAACGAAGAAGUAGGGAACUUUUACUGACUCAAGGCGCUGCCAUGUCCGGAGCAGCAGUUGCUCUCUCUGGACUCAGCACUAGAUUAGAAGGAUUAAUAGAUCAGUUAAUUGCUUCUUAUAAUAUUUCAAUAAAGGAUCUUGAGGAUGUCAUAUAUCAUAACGAAGCCUAUAGCAGAAGUAAUAGUAGCGUAGAGUCUAGUCCAGUUAACUCUAAGCAAAGUUUAAAGGAACGCACGCCGAGUCCGAAAAGCGGAUCCUUUGUUUCCGCCGUAAUUAGCGCAAUUCGAAACGCAGCGACACAUCCAUUUGCGAUGAGAAAUAAUAUUGACAAAAAAUCCAAUCUAGAUUCAUCUAAACAAAUUUACAAAGAAUUAAGCAUGGAAUCAUCAUCUGAUUUGCUCGAUUUUGAAACCGAGCCAUGUCUGAUGAUGGAAAGCGUUCUGGAAGAUGUACCUUUGCCUGAUACAUAUUCUCAUAACAUGGUAUCGAGCAGCGAUUCUCUUCGCAGAGCUAUGAGUUUUCCCGAAACGACGGACGAGCAUAACAUGAGGAAGACAAAGAUAGGUGACGAAUGUACUAGUCUUAUGAAUCUCACUCAGGCGAUCUUACAUCGUCGUAAGGUCGAAGAUGAAGGUGAUGAUGAUUGCGAUUCCGUGAGCGAAUCUGAUACUGGGACUAAUGAUGGUCCUGUGCCUUUAACGGAUUAUUGUCCUUCUGUGGAUUUGGUCGAUCAAGUGAUCGAGGUAGAUAAUUUGGUUACCAAACUUCUGAAAGUAUUACGCAUCAUACAGCUUGAUAACGAUACAUGUAUACAGGAAUUGAAAGAAGAGAAAUCUAACUUGGAGAUAAAAUUAGAAGCUACCAUGACAGAAUUGAAUGAGCUUCGUAAAAUUGUUGAUAAUCUGCAUCAGUCACCGGAAGAAGUUCUGAACAGUGUAUCAGAUCGGCGACGUAGCGUUGUGGAAAAUUGUCGGAUUCUGCUCAAAGAGGCGGGUAAGGAGGAAUUAAAGUUUGACGACGCUGUACUUGCUAUUAAUAGCGGUCCCAGUGAAGUAGACUGUGAAGAUCUCAAUGCGAACGAAGCGCAACUUCCAUUUAAUGUCUCUUUAAUAUCUUUUUAGUUUCAUAUAUAUUUUUCCUAACAAUGUAUAACAUUAUGGAUUUCAAAUCUUAAAAAUGUCAAGUUUAAUAGUCUGAAUUAGUAUUGACUAUAUUAAGAAUAUAUUGACGAAUGAUUUGUUGUUAAUCGUGAAAACUCUACUGAAACAUUCAAUUUUGACGUGAAUGAAUUUUUCAAAAAGUUUUGUAAUGACUCAUGUAUUUAAA